GUUUCUGAUCUACGUUGCUCUAUUAACUUUCAAAAGCAAAAUCAAUCGCACAACAAAGUUUAAAGAAAUUUUAUUCAACCUGUUACUGUCAAAUAAUAUUCAAAGGAUGUUUUCUACGAAUUCUGGCCAGCUUUACGCACGUGACAUUUUGUUGCUGCCUUCUGUUAGUCCCCAGUCGACUUAACAAGACCUAACCAAGACUUAACCAGGCUUUAUAUAUUUUGUUCAACCUGUUACCGUCAAAUAAUAUUCAAAGGAUGUUUUCUACGAAUUUUUUCCAGCUUUACGCACGUGACAUUUUGUUGGUGUCUUCUGCUGGUCUCCAGUCGAUGCCCCGCUGCCCCCCGCCAUCUUCCGUGCGCUGCAGGACUCGCGGAGGAUAAGUUCCAGCGCUAGAUGCCGCGGCGCGAUAUAUACGCGAGCGUCGAGCGGUGACAGGCGAGUCAGGGGCGCGUUCUCGAGCGAGCAAGACGUCGAGAUGAAGGAGCACGAGACUGGAGCCUGCCAAAGGAAGCCGACUAAACUGAGAAAUCUGAUCCACAAGACCGAGGCGUUCGAUUCUCUGCACGCCAGGAAUGCGGAGAGAACGCUGUGCUCGGGUCAAGUGUGCCUCGGCAGCGUUAUGCAGCUUCCGACGCACGGGCCGGAGCCUCGUUCGAGGGAGGAGACCCUCGUGCACGCGAAAGACUUCCUCGAGCAGUACUUUUCUUCCAUCAGAAGAUUAAACAGCGACGCGCAUCGUUCCCGUUGGGACUACGUGCAGAAGGAAGUCCUAGCCACCGGCACUUAUCAGUUGACCGAAACGGAAUUAAUUUUCGGAGCGAAAUUGGCGUGGCGCAACGCAGCGAGAUGCAUUGGUCGCAUUCAAUGGUCGAAAUUGCAAGUGUUCGAUUGCCGUUACGUGACCACGACCAGCGGUAUGUUCGAAGCGCUGUGCAACCACAUUAAGUACAGCACGAAUAAAGGGAACAUCAGGUCCGCGAUAACGAUAUUUCCCCAACGCACAGACGGGAAACACGAUUACAGAGUGUGGAACCAGCAACUGAUCGGCUAUGCCGGUUACAAGAAUCCAGAUGGCACCGUGACCGGUGAUCCAGCUAACGUUGACUUCACAGAACUCUGCAUAAAGUUAGGCUGGAAAGGUGCGCGCACCCGCUUCGACAUAUUACCGUUAGUACUGUCAGCGAAUGGUCAUGAUCCGGAUUACUUCGACAUCCCGAGCGAACUGGUCCUUGAAGUUCCUCUAAGUCACCCCAUGUACGACUGGUUCGAGAAGUUGGAACUGAAAUGGUUCGCUGUGCCCGCGGUAUCGGGGAUGGUCUUCGACUGCGGCGGUUUGGAGUUCACGGCUGCGCCCUUCAACGGAUGGUACAUGAGCACCGAAAUUGGAGCCAGGGACCUGUGCGACGUUCAACGAUAUAAUUUAUUAGAGACCAUAGCGACGCACAUGGGCCUCGACACGAGAACCUCGACGUCACUGUGGAAAGACAAAGCUAUGAUAGAAGCCAACGUCGCUGUGUUGCACAGUUUUCAAAUGAAGAAUGUGACGAUUGUAGAUCAUCACAUGGCUUCGGAAUCUUUCAUGAAACAUUAUGAGAACGAAAUGCGACUGAGGAACGGAUGCCCGGCUGAUUGGCUGUGGAUUGUACCACCGAUAUCUGGGUCAGCCACGCCGGUGUUCCACCAGGAAAUGGCUUUGUACCACUUGAAACCGUCUUACGAUGCUCAGGAUCCUGCUUGGAAGACGCAUGUCUGGAAGAAAGGACGAGACAAGAAGUCCACGACUAAGAAACCAAGACGAAAGUUCCAUUUCAAACAAAUUGCAAGAGCUGUUAAAUUCACGUCGAAGUUGUUUGGAAGAGCUCUGUCCCGGAGAAUAAAGGCCACGGUGCUUUUCGCUACGGAAACUGGAACGUCGCAGAUGUACGCCGAAAAACUCGCCGAAUUGCUGGGACACGCGUUCCACUCCCAGGUACUGUCCAUGUCAGACUACGACAUCAGCAACAUCGAACACGAAGCUUUAUUGCUGGUAAUAACGUCCACUUUUGGGAACGGAGACCCCCCGGAAAAUGGCGAAGCUUUCGCGCAAAAUUUAUACGCGAUGAAAAUGAAUGAGACGUUCAUUAAUAGCGGCAAUAAAGUAAGUUUAGCAACCUCGAAAUCGUUUAUCAAGGCGAACAGCCAAACGGAAGUAAGUAACUCCAAAAGAUUGGAUAGAUUAGAUUCUGUGCGUGGGUCGACUACCGAUUCCCAAACGGAAGACACUUUUGGGCCCUUGAGUAACGUCAGAUUCGCUGUGUUUGCAUUGGGAUCAUCGGCGUAUCCGAAUUUUUGCGCGUUUGGUCGCUACGUGGACAAUUUAUUGGGCGAAUUAGGCGGAGAACGUUUAUUGCGAUUAGCCCAAGGGGAUGAAAUGUGCGGGCAGGAACAGGCUUUCCGAAAAUGGGCAGCAGAUACAUUCACCGUUGCUUGUGAAACGUUUUGUUUGGACGAUGACGACACUUUACUGGAAGUUGCUUUAUCUUUGGGAUCAGAGGCAUUGUCUGCUGCGACUGUUCGUUUCGUAGAGGCUGAUCCACAACCAAUUGCAAAAGCUCUGAGCAAAUGCCAUAACAGAAACGUUACCACUUGCAACAUGUUUGGAAAAACAAAUUUAAGUGGUGAUUCAACAAGUGGAACCACAUUACUUUUGGAACUGGAUGACAUAGCAAGCAUGGAAAUAUUGUAUAAACCGGGUGAUCAUUUGGGAGUUUUCGCGUGCAACAGAUCAGAAUUUGUAGAGGAAAUUUUGGAACGGAUACAGACUCCAUUUGAUCCAGAUGUAUCGAUUGAAUUACAAAUGCAAAAACAAUCUCACACACCCAAUGGUAUUGUAAAAACAUGGAUAGCACACGAUAGAUAUUUACCUAAUACCCUGAGAAUGUUGUUAACCAGAUUUUUGGAUAUUACUACGCCUCCAUCGCCGAACCUUCUCAGAUACUUUGCAUCGAUAGCUACUAAUCCAAAAGAACAAGCUCAGCUAAAUCUCCUAUCUUCUGACUCAGCUGCAUACGAAGACUGGAGGCAUUGGAAAUUUCCUAAUUUGGUAGAAGUGCUGAAAGAAUUUCCGUCUGUAAAACCUUUUGCGCCAUUACUACUGCUUCAUCUAACUCCCUUGCAACCAAGAUUUUACAGUAUCUCGUCUUCUCCUGAUGUGCAUCAGGGACAAAUACAUCUUACCGUUGCAGUAGUACAAUAUAAAACACAAGGUGGAUCUGGACCAAUUCAUUACGGAGUUUGUUCUAAUUAUCUAUGUGAGGUAUCAGAUGGAGAACCACUCUACGUGUUUGUACGCAGCGCCCCUAAUUUUUAUAUGCCAACCGAACCAGAAGCCCCCAUGAUACUAGUUGGUCCGGGUACAGGAAUCGCGCCUUUCCGCGGUUUUUGGAGUCACAGACUCGCGGAAAUCAAACGUUAUCCAGAGCUCGAGUAUGGGAAAGUGUGGUUAUUCUUCGGUUGUCGGCAAAGGAAUUUAGAUUUAUACAGACAAGAGAAAGAGGAAAUGAUAAAAGCUGGAGUUUUAGAUAAGGUCUUCUUGGCUCUUUCUCGAGAGCCUGGGUUGAAGAAGACAUAUGUACAAGAUUUAAUUCAAGCGGAAGCACCACAGAUUUAUGAUAUGUUGGUGUACGAACGCGGUCACUUCUACGUAUGUGGUGACUGUACAAUGGCAGAGGAUGUUUACCAAACUUUAAAACAAAUAAUACAAACACACGGUGAAAUGACAAAUCAACAAGUCGAAGCAUACAUGUUGUCCCUACGUGAUGAGAAUCGUUAUCACGAAGAUAUAUUUGGUAUAACAUUACGAACAGCAGAAGUACACAAUAGAUCACGAGAAACGGCUAGGAACAGAAUGGCUGCAGAGCCAUAAAUAUAUAUAUAAAGAUUAUAUAUAUGUAUCACAUAUAUAUAAUCUUUAAAAGUUUCAAACAAUUUGUAGAUAGUUCUAAGCUAUACAUAUCAUGAGUUCUACGUAUUUCAUGAGCAUUUUGAAAAUAUUAAAAUAUUACUACAUGUUGUCUAACGUACCUUACGACCGCACGAUUUCCUACGAUUUUAUUGUCAACUAUAAUGCACGAAUUUUUAGUGUUAACACGAUAUAUCUAUAUAUUUUUGAUGACACUAAAAAUUUUAUUCAAUACGACUAGUACAAUUUUGUUUUUAAUAUAAGGAAACAAAUGAAUACAUAUCCAAAAAAGAUUUUGCUCAUUGAAGAAUUGUUAAAUGUUUUAGCAUGUUCAUAUUAUUAAUACGAGUUGUCACAAAAAUAUACAAUAUGUAAUAUAUUAUACUGGAUUUAGUCAAUCAACUUUAAUAUAUUUUCCCUUGUGUAUCAAUGUACAUAAAAUAAAUAGUUCCAAAUAUAAAUGUAAGUACCUAUUUACUGUAUCAAGGAG